AUGCAGUUACACAACACUGAUGCUGCUCUUGCUGCUGCGGAUAAUGAAGUCGCAAAACUCUGUGGUCGUCGCAGAAACAUCAUUGUGAAGUCAUUCAGUUACUGGCGUGAACCGGAACGACGAGAACCUUCGCAUGUAUAUGAAUUGCGCAGUUAUAUACUUAAGCCUGGCUCGAUGAUGGAGUGGGCUACGGCUUGGGCGAAGGGUAUAUCCUUCAGACGUGACGCUAAUCAAGAUGUUGGCGGUUUUUUCGCUCAGAUUGGACAGUUGUACAUAGUGUAUCAUAUAUGGGCAUAUCCUUCCUUGUGUGCACGUCACGAAACGCGUCAUGCUACUUGGGCUAAACCCGGCUGGGAUGCCACGGUGGCCUACACUGUUCCACUCAUCAGGGUGAUGCAGUCUAGGAUCCUUACUCCCACAAAGUAUUCGCAACUGCAGUGA